AUGAGAAUACUCCGACGAAUCCAGACCGAACUCAUCUCUUAUACGCAAGAAAAAAGGCAUGACCUUACAUUUGAUUGUCAAGGCGACCCUUUACCUAAACACCCUUCGGUCUCUCACUUCCCAGACGGCCUGAAAGUUUUGCGUGACCUUCCUGAUGCUGAAAUCGAUAUUUGUUUCAUCCAUGGUCUGACGGGCGAUCGGGAGAGAACCUGGACCGCCGAAGGUCAAUCUACGCCCUGGCCGAAAGCGCUGCUUCCACAGAAACUCGAACAAGCUCGGAUUCUGACAUGGGGCUACGAUGCAUACUUCAUGUCCAAAUCAGGCGUCUCGUCUAAAUCAGGUGUCUCGUCGAAUGGCUUGCUCGACCAUGCAACAAAUCUCCUAGCCAAUUUAACAUCAGACCGAGAAUCCUGCAAUGCAUCCUCCCGUCCGCUCAUCUUCGUCACCCACAGCCUUGGGGGCCUGGUUUGCAAGACGGCUAUUCUACUAUCACGCAAUAACCCUGAAAAACCCCUCCAGGGUGUAUUCCAUGCUCUCAAGGGUGUGGUAUUCAUGGGAACCCCUCACAGGGGAGCGUGGAUGGCGGACUGGGCCAAGAUUCCUGCCACUACGUUCGGUUUCUUGCAGUCUACCAACAUGAAACUGCUAGAUGUCCUGCAGAGGGAUAAUCAGCUCCUCGAUUCGAUCCAGCAUGAUUUUUUGGCCAUGGUGCGCGAAGUACGUGAAAAGGGUCGGGCGCUUGAGGUCACCUGCUUCUUUGAAGAGCUUCCUACCUUUAGGGGUAGGACGAUUGUAUCAAAGGAGUCUGCCUCCCUUGCCGGCUAUAUGCCCCGUAGUAUUCACGCUAAUCAUAGGGACAUGGUCAAAUUUGCAACAGUGGAGGAGACUGGUUUCAAGAGGGUGUUGGGGGAGCUUCGCAGAUGGACAUUGGCAGGUGAUAAAAAAGCGUCUCCCAAUCGAGGAAGAAACCAUGGUACAUCAGAUGCCGAAGAUCGAGCCUGUCUAAAGGAUCUAUACAUGACAGAUCCCCGCGAUGACAAACGUCGUAUCGAAAAACUCAAAGGCGGACUACUUGAGGAUUCUUGUCGCUGGAUCUUCGAAAAUGAUGACUUCAAAAAAUGGCGCCAUGAGCAAGGAAGUCAGCUGCUCUGGAUAAAAGGGGACCCCGGAAAGGGCAAAACAAUGCUUUUCUGUGGAAUUAUCGACGAGCUGGAUCAGUCAACCCCUGACAAUGUUGCCGUCUCAUUUAUGUUCUGCCAGGCUAUGGACGCAAGAUUAAACAACGCUGCUGCAGUCCUUCGCGGCCUGAUCUUUAACUUGGUUGACCAGCAGCCAUACCUCAUCUCCCAUGUACGACGACAACAUGAUAAGACUGGGAAAAGGGGGUUCGAAGAUGCCAAUGCAUGGGAGGCCUUGUCAAAGAUCUUUACCAAUAUCUUGGAGGAUCCGCUCUUACAGAGCACUUAUGUAAUGAUCGAUGCUCUCGAUGAAUGUACACAAGAUCGGGACCUACUUCUGGACUUUGUCGCCCAGAAAUCAUCAGUUUGUCCACAUGUCAAAUGGAUUGUGUCAAGCCGUUGCUUUCCAGCUAUUGGAGAGGCCCUUGAGGCUGCGACUCAGAAGGCAACGCUUUGGCUAGAGUUGAACGAAAAAUUUGUGGCUGAUGCAGUCACUAUUUUCAUCCAACAUAAAGUUCAGGAAUUGACGGAGAAAAAGAAGUAUAAAGAUGAAAUACGCGACGCUAUCUCCCAAUACUUGUUUUCCAACGCACAUGGUACCUUCCUCUGGGUGGCAUCAGUCUGCGAGGAGCUCGCUAAAGCAGCACGAUGGAGGAACGGAAACGCUUGCUCGCUGUUGACUGCAUUUCCAUCUAGCCUUGAAUCCCUCUACGCUCAGAUGCUUGAGCAAAUUCACAAAUCAGAAGAUGCAGGCCUUUGCAAGCAAAUCCUAGCUGUCGUUCUAAUUACAUACCGACCUAUCACUCUAGACGAGUUACCGACUUUGGUCGAUAUGCCCGAGUAUAUCACCACUGACAACCAAUGUUUAAGCAAAAUAGUAGAGGAAUGUGGCUCAUUCCUUACAAUCAGAGACCGCGUUAUCUUCUUUGUGCAUCAGUCCGCAAAAGACUUCCUUCUCCAAACGGCAUCAAAGGAAAUAUUUACCCGAGGUAAAGAAGCUGAGCAUCAUGCGAUCUUUUCUCGCUCUUUGCAAUCGCUCAAGAUACUACGGCGCGAUAUAUAUGGCCUCAAACUACCCGGGUUUCCCAUCGACGAAGUUAAACAACCUGAUCCAGAUCCAUUGGCAGCCGUACGGUACCCGUGUCUCUACUGGCUUGAUCAUCUCCAACAUUGCCAUGAGCAUGGCGAUGUGAUUAAUGAUUUCCGACAGGAUGGGCCAGUUGAGGAGUUUUUCAAGCAGAGAUACCUUUUCUGGCUUGAAGCCAUUAGUCUCAUGAGACAUAUUCCAGAAGGGAUAUCUGCUAUGGUCAAGCUCGACAGGUUUCUUCAGGUUGAUGACCCCUUCUACGAUUAUAAAUCUGUAUUUCUAACCACCAAGUGGUGUCAUAGGGUUUGGAUAACGCAAAAGAGCUUGCAGAACGAGUCCGAGAUGCUUGUCGAUUUAUCCAGUACCACAGGCCAGCAAUCGAGCACAGUCCCCUUCAAGUAUACUUCUCAUCGCUCGUCUUCAGCCCCGCCCGAAGAACCAGCGAUGGAGGAUCAUUGGAGUCCGUGCCUUCAGAUUCUCGAAGAACAUGCCGCAUCGAUUGCAUGGUCCCAAGAUGCAAGCCGGUUCGCAUCACAGUCAUGCAAUAGUGGCGGCACCGUCGGGAUCUGGGACAAAGUCACUGGGCGGUGUAUGUCGAUACUCAAAGACCAGAGUGGGCUAGUCUACUCUAUUGCAUGGUCCCCGGAUGGAAGCUCGCUCGCCUCGGGAUCAUACGAUAUGACAAUUGAGAUCUGGGACCCGGCCACUGACCAAUGCCUAUCAACCCCCGAAAGACAUAGCAGCUCAAUCCACUCGGUUGCCUGGUCCCGUGAUGAAAAGUGGCUCGCAUCAGGGUCAAAGGACGAGAGAAUCGUGACCUGGGACGCAGAUACCAGGCGCUGUAUGUCGAUUCUCAAGGGACAUAGCGAUUUAAUCUUGUCUAUUUCCUGGUCGCAGGAUGACAGCCAGCUGGCAUCGGGGUCCAAUGAUACAACAGUUAGGAUCUGGGAUCUGGCUACUAAGCAGGGUAUACCGGCCCCUGUUGGGUAUGACAACCAAGUCCGGUCGGUUUCCUGGUCUCGAGACGGAAGUCGGCUCGCAUCAGAACAUGAUGGGAGAGUCGUGAUAUGGAAUCCAGCCACUGGGCAGUGUAUAUCGACUCUGGGGAGAGAUAAAAGGUCUGUCUCAUCUGUUUCCUGGUCCCGGGACGGAAGCAAUCUCACAUCAGGUUCAUUCCAUGAGAACAUUGAGGUUUGGGAUCUAACCACAGAGAAGGGUGCGUCAACUCAUGAUGUCGAAUCUCCCGAAGGCGUUUAUCUUGAUGAGGUGAAUGUGCAUCAUCGGCAUACGGAUGUUGGUGUAUUUGAUUCGGUGUCAUCUACCUUGCUUGGUCCGGCCCUCAUUUGA